UUCGGUGUCUGCCAUGAUGACAACCGUCAGGCUAGCAUCUUGAUAUCAGGAAUCUAGACCUUACUAUAGGUCAAAGAAGCAUACUUGUUAAUCCACCCACAGACACCACGUUUCGGCAUGUGACGCGCAAUUCACUCGUCCUGGUAAUGUCCGGUUUGCCUCGAUCUGUGUGUGGCUUUGACCACUCGUUCGUAGGUCCAGACAUUACAUUCACGAGUUCUUUGAACGUGUUAUCUUCGAUCCAACAACACAACUGGGGCCCACCGCACAUGCAAUUCAUUAACUCGACCUAACACCAACUAUUUACCCCGCUACCCCACCAACAACACCACAUCACAAUGCCCCACCAUCAUCACCAUCACCACGACGAAGAGCACGCAGAGGCGCACAACCACGUUCACGACCACAGCGAUGACAUCACCCCGGCGCUGCAAAACAUCCUCUACGAACAGAUCGACUUCAGCAAACUGCAUACGCUGAACGAGGAAGACUCCAACAGCGGCCGCGCAAUAUGCCAGAAGACAUGGGAACAGCGAAUGACUCCCGAGCCUGAGCUGAAGAGCAGCACAGAUGAGCAGCUGCUUAUGAUAGUCCCCUUCACAGGCCAAGUUCGUCUUCAUAGCAUACUGAUUCGCACCUCGGACUCGCCCUCGUCCCCCCGCACCUUGAAGGUCUUCGUCAACGCCGAUCAUAUGGACUUCGAGACGGCGAGCGAGAAGCCGCCCACGCAAGAGCUCACCAUCUCGCGGACCUCGGAAGUGCAGGAGAUUCCGGUCAAACGCGCAUACUUCAACACGACGCGCAGCUUGGCGCUCUUCUUUGAAGACAACUGGAGCGGUGGCGACGAGGAUGUUACGCGUAUCAGCUACUUGGCUUUCAAAGGGGACUUCAUGAAGCUGAACAAGGAGCCGGUUAGCGUGCUGUACGAGGCAGCGGCGAAUCCGCAGGAUCAUAAGGCUAUCGUGGGUACGGAGAUGGGCGUAGGAAGGCAGAUACAGUAG